AUGGGAGAAACGCUGGUUAAAGCAGGAACAGGUCUUAUUCCCUUUAUGGACAAAAAUCUGUUUGGUUAUGGCUACAAGGGAAAGGUUAUUAUCUCAUCAGCAUCAUUCAGUACGUUUGCUUAUGUUCAAGCAGCCGCAACAGCAGCAAAAAAAUCACGGAACGCGCAGCGUUAUUUCUUCACGACCGAUCAAGAAGAAAACAACUAUGAAGGCGUGAUGAAUAGACUGUCCCCAUAUACAAACAAUAGAGUGUACGGUACGGGUUCUGGUUCGUGUGGUGCACUGGUGACUUAUUACGAUGCUAUUAAAGCUGCUGUCGCUGGUAAGAAGCAAGGUGAAAAUGGAAAACGACAUGAUGUGGUUCAAACGAUUGAGCCAGAAUCAGGUCCUUGGGGUGAAUUUACCGAUAUGAUUUAUUGUGAUGCAAAUACGUGGGCGAUUGGUUUUCGACAACGUGUAGAGAAAUCAUGUGGUAAUUGUGAUGAUACUGCUUUGAAUGCAUUGGAAUUAUUGUGUGGAAAGAAAGACGGAACUUCUGUUAAGUCAAUUAAACCUCACAAUGGUUUUUGGGGCGAUUGGAGUGAUUUCGUUAGUUGUCCUGGAAAUGGUAACUUUUUGAAAGGUGCUUCAUUCAAAAUUGAACAAUCUCAAGGAGCAGAUGAUGAUACAGCUGCAAAUGACAGUCAAUUUGCAUGCUCUCAAUCAUCUAACAUUCUCGCAUCGAAUGGUGGUCCAUGGGGCGACUGGAAACAGAUGAAAUAUUGUCCUCCAUCAACAGCUAUCUGUGGAUUUUCGCUAAAACUAGAAAAUAUGCAAGGCGAGGGAGAUGACACAGCCGCUAAUGGAGCUAAAUUCGACUGUUGUACUUUAUGA